GUUUAGUUUACCACUUGAAACAAAGUUGGUCAUUUUGACAAAUCAGACAAAUGUCACACGUUAUCCUCAUGUGUUGACAAGUCAACGUCAUGUUUGUUGAUUUUUAAACUCCCGGUUUAUAAACUUGAUUACGAGAGUAAAAUCUACUAAAUAAUCUGUUAAAUAACCUAACCCAGUGUCAAAUAAUCAACAAUAAACCACUUAAAGAGUGUACAAUAUCAAACCAGACCAGUCUUUUCAAAUCCCUUUAAACAAAACAAAUGAUGAAUGAUAUCUUUUAGUUGUUUGUAUAUUGUAAGCUUUAAUAAUUAAAAAUGCCUACGGUAUUAAUGUUAGAUGUAUCGCUAUCGAUGUCGCGUCCCGUACCGACGUCGGACACUACAGAGACUCAUACUAGAUUUACGAUAGCCACUGCUGCUAUCAACACAUUUUUGGACUACCUAUGUGUUCACGCUAAACUAGAAUAUGUUGCGUUGGUAUCCUUUUCGUCGAUGUACGAAGUGGCCGUCCCUUUCACCCGUGAUUUUGACAGCAUUCGCGGUAAGCUGUUACAGCUUGAUGAAGGAGAUAAAACCUGUAUUGAUACUGCCCUCCUUGGUGUCAACCAAAUAGUACUUAACGAGUGGGGAUGCCAAACACCAGUGCAGAUUAUAUUGAUUACAGACGGCAGUAGUGGAGUUGGUACUAUUGGUAGGAACAGGAUUGUACAGGCCCUACCAUUACCACCCUCAUAUCCAGCCAAAAUACAUGUACUGCCUAUAGUUUCCCCACAUGAUACUAGCUUACAACAUGCUAUGCCGCUGUACCAGAAAAUAGUGGACCUGGCCAAUAAUACAACUAGCAAUUCCAAUGGCAAUAUGUCACGAGGGUCCAUUUACUGUCCUGAUCAACUAACUGUUCCUGGUGUUAUAACAGCAAUUACUCGCCUCUGCGAGCAGCAUUACCAAGAGUUUUGGUGCACUCUGAAAUGCGGUCAGUUGGAGACACGGGUGCAAUUGUUCCCGGCGCCGCAGACUGUGUCUCAUGAGGGCGUUGACUCGACGUACACAUUAGCCAAUCAAUUACAUGUCAUUGGAUUUCUACAACAACAAGAACUUGGAACUCCGAUGGCUAUCAGCAAACACCUCGUAAUACCACAAGCGCAAGCGGGCGGGAAUGCUGGGUCGAGAGAGAAUUACGGUUCCAAAACACCAACUAAGGAAGGCUCCUCUAGUACAGAUGGUUCAACUACUGAGGAUGACCUAUCGGAUCCUAGUAAAAUCCCCAAUUUCUGUGUCCUGCUACAUGGAGCACUGAAGGUGGAAGGCAUGGCGGCGGUGGUGCUGCUGGGCGCGGAGUGGUGGGGCACGCUGAUGGCGUGGUGCGAGGCCUCGCGCUCGCGGCGCUCGUGUCUGCUGCUCAGCGUGCUGCGCCCCGGCAGCGCCGCCGCGCCCUGGCUCGGUGCGCUCGACCAGCUGGGGCCCGCCGACGAGGGAACUACCGCCGCAGAAAGCUUCCCGGUGCGGUCGUGGCGUUCAUACAGCAGUGGGGGCUCAGCGUGCGCGUGGGCGCGCCCGCACGCGCUUCUGGCUGACGUGCAGAAAGUGCUGCGACACGCUCGGAAGCUGCCCGACAAGACACAACAUCUAUUUAAGGAAUUAAACAGACUUCGACGAGCAGCCAUUUCAUUAGGCUUCUCAGAACUUCUCACAGCGAUCGGGAACGCAUUAGAGCGUGAAUGCACGGCAUUGCCACCUUCAGCACCUUCCGAAUGCGCCUUGCAACUAGCGCAUGCUGCGAACGCCUUGCGAGACCCUAGGACGGCAUUAGAUAUUAAACAUACGCUUACACCACUUGGUCCAAACUAUAACGCAUCUAUUUCACACUGAUUAAAGCGGUUCCAGUGACCAAGUCAAUCAUUGUAAAUAAUGAUGUCUUAUCAGUUUUUUUUAUGUUAUGGGGAUAAGUUAAACUAGAAAGAAAUGGUUCUUUAAACUCAUGAAUGUAUAAACGUCAUCGUUAGUUAUUUUAAAUUUAAAUAUUUAAAGUAGUAAAAGAAAUACUUUUCCACAAUACAAUGGCGUUUUAUUCCAUGAACUGCGUAUUUCAAUAACAGUGAUUUAAGUAAAA